CCCGCCAUCUUAAUCCGCUACACGGCGAAGGGGCGGGUGGGGAGCGCGGCCACCUGAGGGGAUGGCGGCGGGCGGCGAGUGGCUUUUGCGGGCCCCCACCGCCACCGAGCUGCUGCUGGCGGCCGUGUGCUGGCUGGGCUGCUACUGGCUGCUGCGGCCGCGGGCGCCGCCGGGGCUGCCGCCGGGCCCCGCGCCCUGGCCGCUGGUGGGCAACUUCGCCUUCGCCCUGCUGCCGCCGCCGCUGCUGCGGAGAUGGGUGCUGGAGGUGUGGGGCCGCGGCCGCGGCUCCCCCGUCUUCUCCCCUCACGUCUUCCUCACCGGCCUCACCAAGAUGUACGGCAGCAUCUUCCGGCUCUUCGUAGGCAGCCGGCCCUUCAUCGUCCUCAACACCUUCGAGGCGGUGCGGGAGGCGCUGGUGCAGAAGGCGGAGGUGUUCAGCGACCGCCCUUCCGUCCCCAUCGUCGUCAUGAUCACCCACAAGAAGGGUGUUAUUUUUGCACCUUAUGGCCCUGUCUGGAAGCAACAGAGGAAAUUCUCUCUGUCAACACUGCGGCAUUUUGGAGUAGGAAGACAUAGCUUAGAGCCUAAGAUCAUUGAAGAGCUGAAGUUCAUAAAGGAGGAGAUGCUGAAGCAUGGAAAGGAAUCGUUUAGUCCCUUUCCGAUUAUCCGCAAUGCAGUGUCUAAUGUUAUCUGCUCCAUGGCCUUUGGCAGGCGUUUCAACUAUGAAGAUGUUGAGUUCAAGACGAUGCUGAAGAACAUGGCCCGUGCACUGGAGCUAAGUGUGAACAGCUAUAUGAUCCUGGUCAACAUCUGCCCAUGGCUGUACUACCUUCCCUUCGGGCCUUUCAGGGAGCUUAGAAAAACGGAGUUAGACAUUACUGCUUUUCUAAAGAAAAUAAUUGCACAGCACAGGGAUACACUGGAUGCAGCAAAUCCCAGGGACUUCAUUGAUAUGUACUUCCUCCAUGCAGAAGAAGAGAAGAACAACAAGGAGAGCAGUUUUAAUGAAGACUACCUGUUUUUUAUCAUUGGAGACCUGUUCAUUGCAGGCACAGACACUACCUCCAACACGAUACUGUGGUGCCUGCUCUACAUGUCCCUCUACCCAGAAGUACAAGAGAAAGUUCAUGCAGAAAUUGAAGCAGUUUUAGGACGUGACAAAGUUCCCUCCCUUACCCACAAGGCUCAGAUGCCGUUCACAGAGGCAACGAUUAUGGAAGUGCAGAGGAUGACUGCAGUUGUUCCUCUUUCUAUUCCACGAAUGGCUUCAGAAACUGCUGUGCUGCAGGGAUAUACUAUUCCAAAGGGCAGUGUGAUCGUGCCCAACUUGUGGUCGGUACACAGAGAUCCUAAUAUUUGGGAGAACCCGGAUGACUUUCAACCAACAAGAUUUCUGGAUGAAAAUGGCCAGCUAAUCAAGAAAGAGGCAUUCAUUCCUUUUGGGAUGGGUAAACGUGUGUGCAUGGGAGAGCAGUUGGCAAAAAUGGAGCUGUUCUUAAUUUUUGCAAGUCUAAUGCAAAGCUUUACCUUUUUGUACCCUGAAAAUGCUACAAAACCAUCUAUGGAGGGAAGGUUUGGUCUAACUUUAGCUCCGUGUCCAUUCAAAAUAAUAGCUCUGAAGAGAUGAUGCAACAUCACAAAUGAUCAAACGAGGAAAUGCUGCACUUUUAGAACCCAGCUUUAUUUUCUUUCCAGCUUAUUUUCUUACUUUUUUUCCAGAAAAACAAUAACUGCAUAGGCUUUCAUACCAAUGAGAAAGAUCCAUUUGCAAUUCUGGAUGGAGAAUUAUUUAUUUAUUUAUUUUUGUCAGCUCUUGCAUUCCACAAAUGAACUGACAGUAUAGUUUGCCAUUUGAUAUUAAAACUUGCUGGGCUUAACUCCUCUGUCUGUUAGGCUAAUACUGUCUGUUUUUCAAAUGUUAAUUAUGGGAGAAUGGUCCAAAGAGGACCAAAUGGUCCAAAUUAAUACUUUAGUGAACUGUAAUUUUAUUUUGGUGAAAGCAGUAUGUGAACGUUUAAUUUAUCAGAUGACUGAAGGACAUCAUCUUAUAGAAGAAUUAAUGAAUAAGGCAGUAUUGUUAGCAUUGUCUGUGCAAAGAAACAUUACAAACAUAAUGGAGUUCAAAUAACAAUGAAUACUUUAUUGAAAGAACUAAAUGAUACUUCUUUUAACCUUGGCACAUUCUGUCUCGUGAGUAACUUACAGGUGGAGACUGGAUCAAAUCAGUCUCCAUUCCUGGAUUCAGAUGUCCUUGACUAUCAGACCUUCCUGUAAACAUGCAGGUACCAACCUGGAAAAAAAAAUCAUGCCAGGCUCAUUUGGAGGCCAAGUGAAUCCUUGCAUAUACCACGUUCUUAACCUGGGGGUGUGAAAGGAAUGCACAGCCUCUGAACACAGAUAAUUUAUUUCUAAAUAUAAACGAGAGCUAAUUUCUCUAACAUAAAGCAGAACUCUGGUGCCAAGCAGGUAUCCAAGACUAUGGUAUCCAUCUAUGGUAACACUGUUCCCUGUUUUCCCUGUGUCACAAGUGAUGGUUUGUUAUCUGGCUGUAGCCUGGACGAGACCAACAGCCUGCUCAUCAGCGAAACAUUUGCAUGGAUGAUCCUGAAGCUAGGGCUUGCACUUAGGUUCUUUCUUACAGGCAGUGUGGAUGGUACUGCCACAACCUUCUUGGCUUUGAAAACUGGAAUCUUAGAUCAAAUACACGUCGACAUGGUAUUAUAGAUCUAGGCCUUAAAACUUUAGGCACGGAAAUAAGGAUCCUAACAUACUUGAGGUUUGACUGUAGAGGCUGUUUCUUUGUUAUCUUCUAUAUGGAGUAAAAAAGAUCUGCAGUCCACAUAAUAUUAGUGUAUCAGAACCUUACUCUUUCCUCAAGCAUAACUUUAGUGCUGUUUACCACUAUCGAACUAAGCAUCAGGGAAGCCUGUUCUGAGGUAUUUCAGAAUGGAGCGCUCAGUCUCACUGCCUUUUAUUUAAAAGGUUUCUCAAAUGUCUGAUGUUCCAGGGAUUUGUAACUGUUAAUCUUUACAUAACUGUUCUUUACCAUCCUUCAAUCUCUUUAUGUACUUUUUGAUCUAGUAGAGUUUUAUAUUAGAUAAAAUAAAUACAUAUGUACUCUUUUAAGGAGUUUUUUUCCCUUAUUGGAGAUCUACAAAAUACGAGCAGUCCUCCAGAUGCUAAGUUCACAAGACUGGAAGGUGAAAUACACUGUAAAGUGAAAUUGGGAAUUCUGUAGCAGAAAUUAAACCUAAAUUGUAAAAGAAAAUUUAGUUCUUAAGCUUUAAGCUUAAACGAAGGUUUUCUGUUAGCUGUUUUAAAUUACAUAGUGGCUUAAUUUCUGAGUGAUGAAUUGGUUGCUCAGGUACCUCACCACUUUUGUGAGACCUUCCAGUUUUUAUUAAGGCUAGCUUUUGACUUUAUAGAUUAGCCCAUACUGUGCUAUUAUUAUUAUUAUUAUUAUUAUUAUUUUAGUAUGAAAUUUUUGAAAACCCCAUAGCACAAAAAGAUGUUGAGUUUGAUACCAAUGCUAGUGAACUUGAACUGCAAGCCAACUGCAUUGGAUUAAUAAGCAUUUAUUUCUUUCGCUUUAUAUUUUCCAGUGAACAAUGUACAGUUGGGAUUUUUGUCUGGAAAUCCUUAAAAUAGAAUAUGCUUAAUUGCAAAGCUGAAUUAAGUGCUGAUAAUGUUUAUCUUUCUGUCAGAAUGCCUCUUUAAGCAACAUAAUGAUGUUGGCGUGCAACUGAUGAUUUAUGUAUCUGUCCUUUUAAUCUUGAGGACACAUUUGAAAAGCACUUUAGUAUUUUUUUUUUUUUAACAAAUUCCAAAGAAAGCACAAUUCACAUAACCGCCUAGUAUGUGGAAUUACAUAUAUUUGUGCUCAUCUCGCCUGCUGAGUUUAGUAUGAAAUGUCACCUUUGAGAGUUGUCCUCCUACAAAUAGUACUUUGGAAGUGCAGUUUCUUGGCAGUACCUGUAAUCAAACACCUCAUAGUAUAACAAGCUGAAAACACUGUGAUGCUGCAAUCAUGUCAAUAUCUGCCAGAAUGCAGGAUGAUGUUGGAAAUAACAAUAAAGACUUGCCUUUCAUUGCUUCCAGAUGCACUGAAUUUAUGUAGAAUGCUAUGAAGGCUAACUAAACAAUAGCAAGAAAGCAUUAGUGGUUCAAAACUGUGUUGCCAUCUGUGGUAAACCAUAAGUGAAGUGGUAGCAGAUUUGGUUUAUAUUGUAAAUGCAUCCAUCCCCUCUUUUUUUUUUUUUUUUUUUAAGGACAAAGCAUCUCAAAUGCCUUACUGAAAAAAAUGUACAUUUGUAUAAGCAAACAGCUAUUUCUGAAUGCUGAAAAUGUCUUUAUACCUAAAGAUGACUUCAGAAUUUGCUUUGGUAUAAUUUUAUGUUUAAUAAAGUCAUUCCUGAGCAAGUGUUCAACA